AUGAUUGGAAAUAAAGCAGACCUUGCUGCAAACAGGCAGGUUACACUGGCAGAAGCAGAAGCCUUCGCAGAACAUCAACAACUUUCUUACCUCGAGGCAUCCGCUAAGGGUGGUGAUAAUGUUAAGGAGGCAUUUGUUCGUACAGCAGCUCAAAUUCUUAAUCGUGGUAUUAAAGUUGGUCCGAAGUCUGAUGUCAAGCCAGUAGCUAAAUCAUCUGAUAAGAAAGGUUGCUGUUAA